UAAUAAUGGAUAGUGAUUUUGCGGCUGGAGAAGACACUGCCUUUGUGAAUGACGAGAUAAGUAGCAUCAUCAAAGAAGCAAUUGAAGCAACAAUUGGUGGUAACACGUACCAACACAACAAAGUCAACCAAUGGACUAGUAACGUUGUAGAACAAUGUUUGAACCAGCUGACCAAACUCAGCAAACCUUUCAAGUAUAUUGUCAACUGUGUCAUCAUGCAGAAGAAUGGAGCAGGUUUGCACAUGGCAAACUCUUGCUACUGGGACAAUGCAACUGAUGGGAGCUGUACUGUACGAUGGGAGAACAAGACUAUGUACUGUAUCGUCAGCAUUUUCGGACUGGCUAUUUAGAAAGAUCUCUAGAAAGAUCUGGAAGUGUCUCGGAGGAAAUGGAAUCAUCUGGAACUAUUUAGUUCAACUAAGAAGACGUCAAGAGUUCUCUUCAAAGAAUGAUUUAAGCUGUAGAAUUUUUGAGUACAAAUCAUUAAUAUCAUCAUAACGUUGGACAUGGUCUUGCUAAAUUGUGAAAUUUGAUUAAAAGUCUUACCCAAAUAGCGAACCAUUUGUCAAUUUAACAACCUAAUCUCUCAUAUACGUAUAACAGUUUAACUACUAUACUUAGUAUACUAACUGCUCCUUUGGUAUAAAACUGCAACUAAAAAUAACUGAGGUCUUAUAUUAUGCUUUCACAUGCUGGGAGUUGUUGUAUCAUAAGUCGUGAUAGAUAGAUCACGUUUGCUGAUUAAUGAUUCACAUACUGUUGGAUAACUUUCCUUAUCUCGCCCUUGUGGAGCCAAUGUCUUGAUUAAUUGUAUUUACUAAUAUAUGUAGUACUAGUAUAGUACUAGUAUAGUAGUAACUUUAACAUUAUUUUUGGUGGUUUAGAUGUAGUUACCUUGACAUUAUUUUUGGUGGUUUAGAUUGAUCAGGAACUUUCAUUUGCUGUCCCGUUACCCCAUUUGUCUUAAUGACUAAACAGUAUUAACUAUUACUAUUAAGGUAUGUUAAGAGGGUUUUGGGAGUUUUUAAGCAAAUCAUUGACAUUUGCAUGGUGUUUCCAAGUUUUGUAUUAUAUUUGUAAAUAAGUCAGUUAGUAAAAAGUUUUAAUGAUGCCAUUGUUUUAGUUAAAAGACAAUGAAACUAGAGAUGGGUAGCUAAAAUAUUUGACCAUUAUCUAAUAUAUGAAGCAUGUUCAUUUAACUAUAAAAGUAGUAAACUAGUCUAGAGUUUGUCGACCUGGUUAAAUGAUAUUUUUGGGGCUCUAAAAGGAUUGUAACCGCCUGCACGGCGCCCUGUUAGCUCUUUAACUGAUUUUAAGAGUUUAACCGUUUGGGAUGGGCCGUGUCUUUAUAUAUUUUCAAGACUUUAUGCUAACGGAUUGCUUUUUAAUCUACGUUAUUAUACUCUAGUUUCAGUCCACAACGAUCGCUUUUUUGUAACACUGAUAUGAUUUAAUUUAAAGUUCUUCAAUUAAUACUACUUUUAGUACUUUUAACAGUAUGUUCAGUGUUCACUCGUUGCUCUAUAAUAUGUUAAGUGCUACUGAAUAAGUAUUACUGUACUAUAUUCACCCUGUUUAGUUUUUAAUAAAUUGCCACCCGCCAAAAAUGUAAAACAAAUCAUUACUGUACCCUUUAUAAUGACAAAUUGACAAAUUUAUAACUAGAUGCAAUUUUUUCACAAAAUUUAGUUAUGAUUAUUUCCCCCAAGCAUAUUAAGAACAUUGUCAACAUUUUGUAUAGUCCACUUAAUUAAUCUUAAUUAUGUGUUUCACUGCAAUUAAUUAGAGGAACGUAUCAUAUACGUAUAAUAUACAAUAUUAUUGUGGAAACUCUAAUGAAAUGUGUUAACACAUGAAUGAGGAAAUUGUUUCAAUUAUAUUUUAAAUCAUGAAGUUGCAGCACGACAUGAUAGAG